CCACCGCGGUGACCGUUCUCAGAAAAACAAACGCAUCACAAGCUCUAUAUAUAUCUAGGGAUAGAGCGCCGUCUACUGACACCGGUCAUCUACCAAAUUCGCGGCUCUACCGUCCACUCCAAGACCAGCGGGAGCGUGUGUCUAACUUCGUUUCUCCACCGAGCUCUACACCACAUACAACCAGAGUUUGGGCUUCGAAUCCACCUACGCUAGUAGAUAUCUACAUUGAUCGAGAAGUGGAGCACGCCACCCUAUGGUACCGCAGUUGUGGCGCCACCCAACAGUGUACCUGAUCGUUAUACUCGCCUACCUAAUAGGACGGAAACUCGUGCUCUCGCCGUGGCUGCAUCCACUACCCAAUAUCAACAUGGGCCCCGACGCGGAGAACACACCCGAUGAGGGUAGCGUACAGUCUGCACUCAGCAACCUCAUACUCAUGAAAACAUUGGAUCCGGCACUGUUACCGCAGGGCGACAUCUCCGCAGCCGAAACCAGCAGCUCGCGACGGUUGGUGUUCGUAGGUGACGUGCAUGGGUGUCGGGAUGAGCUGGAGCAACUUUUGCAAAAAGUAUCCUUCGACCCCAACAACGACCACCUCAUCCUCACAGGCGACCUCAUCAACAAAGGACCCGACAGUCUCGGCGCAGUCGACCUUGCCCGGAGAUACUCAGCCUCCUGUGUGCGGGGGAACCAUGAAGACCGCAUUCUGCGACUACGGCGCAAGUUAUUCUCUCCGAGCGGCGCAGUCGACGAAGAAAAAGAAGACAAGCACGACGCACGCGAUCGCCCGCUCGCGCUGGCUCUCAGCGACGACCAGGCGCAGUGGCUGGAGGCGUGUCCGGUGAUCUUGAAAAUUGGUUGUGUCCCCGGCAUGGGCCAAGUGGCUGUUGUGCAUGGGGGCGUCGUGCCCGGGGUGGAACUGGAGAAGCAAGACCCGGAGAGCGUGAUGACUAUGUUGACUAUUGACUCUAAGACGGGGGAGCCGAGUUCGAAGAGAGGGGCGGGGGAUAAGUGGGCUAAGGUCUAUAACAAACACCAAUCCGCCAUGCUCAACAAAUCCAAACCCAAGGAGAAAGUAGAGGGAGAUAUAACGACCAUCAUCUACGGCCACGACUCGAAGAAUUCCCUCUCGCUGAAACAGUACACCAAGGGUCUAGACAGCGGGUGCGUCAAGGGCGGACAGCUGACGGCUCUGAUCGUUGGGGCUGGUGGACAGCAGGAGAUCGUGCAGGUGGAGUGUGAUGGGUACGAGGGGAAGAAGUGAAGGAGUUUUGGGCUUUGGGUGGCUUUGUUCAGUAGUUGUUACUUUUGUGUUUGAUAGCGGUUUUCUUUGAUACAUACAACUGGUGGUGUUGCGUUACUUGUGUAUACCGUGCAUGGAUAGAACAUUGGAUAGAUUGGACUUCACGAUAUUGUUGGGGGAUCUAACGUAGCUCUUGGGUGGCUAUGCUUUCUUGUUAAUGAAGAAUACAUCGUAUCUAUGACCCGCCGGAGAGAUAUCAUACUGGUCAGAUGGUUAUAUUGGGGGCUUC